CGGCCAUUUCAGACCUGAAAAAUGCAUCAGCUUUUAUCUCCUGUUUCUGGUGAUCUGGAUAUCAAUCGAUGACGGUCCUCCCUCCAGAAGCUCAAUUCUGCAUAUCAUCACACUCGUAAUUUUUGAGUUUGAAAUAGAGCUCAGUAGUAGUAGUAAAUUUAUUGCAGAAAAUGCAUUCGCAUCACUUGCUUCUUGAAGAACCUAUCCGAAUGGCUUCGAUUCUCGAGCCUUCUAAACCUAGCUUCUUUCCUGCCAUGACGAAGAUUGUUGGGACUCUAGGCCCGAGAUCGCGAUCGAUUGAGACCAUUUCGAGCUGCCUUAUAGCUGGGAUGUCAGUGGCACGGUUUGAUUUUUCAUGGGGUGACACUCAAUUUCAUCAAGAGACUCUGGAAAAUCUUAAGUUGGCUAUCAAGAGUACGAAAAAGCUAUGUGCUGUUAUGUUGGAUACUGUUGGUCCGGAGUUGCAAGUUGUCAACAAAACUGAGCGUCCUAUUUCUCUGGAGGCAGAGACCUUGGUCGUCCUCACACCCAAUCAAGAAAAGGAAGCCACUCCAAAUCUGUUACCAAUAAAUUUUAGUGGGCUUGCAAAGGCAGUGAAGACUGGUGACACUAUUUUCAUCGGCCAAUAUUUGUUCACAGGAAGUGAAACAACUUCUGUGUGGUUGGAGGUAAAUGAGGUGACAGGAGAGGAUGUUGUUUGUCUGAUAAAGAAUUCUGCCACUCUAUCUGGGUCCCUGUUCACCUUACAUGUAUCUCAAAUCCGUAUUGAUCUGCCAACUCUCACUGACAAAGAUAAGGAGGUUAUUAGCACAUGGGGAGCACGAAACAGUAUAGACUUCCUUUCCUUGUCAUAUACCCGUCAUGCAGAAGACAUUCGACAUGCUCGUGAGUACCUCUCGAAAUUGGGUGAUCUCAAUCAAACUCAGAUUUUUGCGAAGAUUGAAAAUUUUGAGGGCUUAACCCAUUUUGAUGAGAUCCUACAAGAAGCAGACGGUAUAAUCCUUUCUCGAGGGAAUCUGGGGAUAGAUCUUCCCCCGGAAAAGGUGUUUUUGUUUCAAAAGGCAGCUGUUUACAAGUGUAACAUGGCUGGAAAGCCUGCAGUAGUUACCCGUGUUGUAGACAGCAUGACUGACAACUUAAGACCCACUCGAGCUGAGGCAACCGAUGUUGCCAAUGCCGUAUUGGAUGGUAGUGAUGCAAUUCUUCUAGGUGCUGAGACCUUGCGAGGAUUAUACCCUGUUGAGACUAUCUCCGUUGUUGGUAAAAUUUGUGCGGAGGCAGAGAAGGUAUUCAAUCAAGAUUUGUACUUCAAGAAGACUGUCAGAUGUGUUGGAGAACCAAUGUCCCACUUAGAAUCAAUUGCUUCCUCUGCGGUGCGUGCUGCCAUCAAGGUCAAGGCUUCUGUCAUCAUUUGCUUCACAUCAUCAGGGAGAGCUGCAAGGCUAAUUGCAAAAUAUAGGCCCACGAUGCCUGUGAUAUCUGUUGUGAUUCCUCGGAUGAAAACAAAUCAACUCCGAUGGACAUUUACCGGUGCUUUUGAGGCAAGGCAAUCUCUUAUCGUUAGGGGCCUCUUUCCAAUGCUUGCGGAUCCUCGACAUUCUGCCGACUCAACAAGUGCAACAAAUGAGUCGAUCUUAAAGAUUGCAUUGGAUCAUGGAAAAGCUAGUGACAUCGUGAAGUCACAUGACCGUGUUGUCGUUUGCCAGAAGGUCGGCGACGAUUCUGUUGUGAAGAUCAUCGAGCUUGAAGACUAGAUCAGCUAUGUAUUUCUGAUUCUGGGCCAUGCUCACUUCUCCACUUAGGCUAUGAACGAUAUGCAUGGUUGUAUAAUAAUGCUGAGUUCUUUUACUAACCCGUGAUAUUGCCACAAGUUUCUAUUUCAUCACUUCAAUUAAUAAAAUUGAAUACCCUUUCUUUGCUUAUA